AGGGUGUUUUCUUCUUCUCGUGUAUUUGGUCCAUCGGAGGUGCUUUGGAUACAGAUAGCAGGGGAAAAUUUAGCAUUAUUUUCCAUGCACUGCUCUCAAGAAGCUUUCCAGACAAUGUAAAGAACAAUUUCUUGUUCCCCGAAAAUCUAUGCUGUUCCCCGUCAAAACCAUACAUUUACACGCCUCCAGAUCAAGGAACUGUCUUUGAUUUCAAAUUCUUAAAAGAGGGAAAAGGGAAGUGGAAACUUUGGUCUGAAGAACUGACUUCAACUCCAUCAAUUCCAAGAGAUAUCCCAGUCAAUCAAAUAAUUGUCAUGACAGCAGAAACUGUGCGAUGCAACGCCUUAAUGCAGUUGUUAUUAAUUCAUGAGAAACCUCUGCUGUGGGUUGGUCCAACGGGCACGGGAAAAUCAGUCUACACUAUUAAUUUUUUGUUGAAGAAAAUUGACCUUGAGAAAUACCGACCUGUGUUUUUAAAUUUCUCCCCACAAACAACUGCUAAGCAAGUUCAAGACUUGAUCAUGAGUAGACUAGACAAGAGGAGAAAAGGUGUCUAUGGUCCUGCUCUUGGAAAAAAAUGUAUUUUAUUCAUCGAUGAUGUCAAUAUGCCGAAUGAAGAAGCCUAUGGAGCCAAACCUCCCGUUGAAUUAAUGAGACAGUUGAUUGACCACAAUAUGUGGUUUGAGCAGAAGGAUAUGAUUCCAGUAAAAAUUUUAGAUGUCCAGUUGAUCGCUGCUGUGAAUCCAACCAACCCAGAGACUUCUAUCACGCCUCGAUUUAGCAGACAUUUCAAUAUUGUAGCAAUUAAUGAAUUUUCUGAUCAAGUCAUGGUUGCAAUUUACAGUAAGAUCAUGCUAUGGCAUCUUGACACGAGGGGAUUUAGCAAGGAAUUCGAUCCUUGCAUCGAGCAGAUUGUGUCUGCUACUCUAGCAUUCUACAAAGCGUGUCUCUUGAAUCUACGACCUACUCCAUCUAAAGUUCAUUACAUGUUUAAUCUCCGUGAUUUCGCUAAAGUCAUCCAGGGUGUUCUCCUUUCGGUUCCGGAGGCAGUUGAGGAUCUUUCUGCAAUGAAGAGACUGUGGGUGCAUGAAGUGAUGCGCGUCUAUUACGACCGUCUCGUCAGUGAGGAAGACUGCAUCUGGCUCGUUCGCACCUUGCAUCUAGUGUGCCAUGAAAAUUUGAAACAGGACCUCAAUGAAAUGUGCUCUCAUCUUGCUGAAAGUGAACCAAUCAAUAUAACAGAAUAUGAGUUGCGAAAUUUAAUUUACUGUGACUUCACAAACCCUAAAGCUGAUAUGCGGCACUACUUGGAGGUAGAAGAUAUUGAUACUUUACAGGGUAUCAUUGAAGGUUAUUUGACUGAAUAUAACAAUAUGAGCAAGAAGCCUUUGAAUUUAGUGAUGUUCAAAUAUGCUGUCGAGCAUCUUACACGUAUUGCUCGUAUUCUAAAACAGCCAAGGAGUCACGGUUUAUUGAUUGGAGUUAAUGGUUCCGGGAAACAGUCAUUGACCAGACUUGCAGCUCACAUCACAGAAUAUGAAUUCUUCCAGCCAGAAAUCACAAGAACUUAUUCUAAGAAUGAAUGGUGCCAGGAUCUUAAAACCAUCAUUCGGAAAGCCAGUGCAUCAGAUGCGCACGUCGUCCUCCUUAUGGAAGAAGCGCAGAUUUUGGAAGAGUCUAUGGUUGAAGACGUUUGCAAUGUUCUAACAUUUGGUGAAGUUCCCAACCUAUUUGCCUUGGAUGAAAAAAUGGACCUGUGUGAACGAAUCCGAUCAUUGGACAGGAAGAGGGAUAAGGUUCUUCAAUCGGACGGCAGUACUGUGGCUCUGUAUAAUUUUUUCUUACAAACUGUAAGGGAGCAGCUUCACAUUAUGAUCGCUCUUAAUCCAACGGAUAAACGUUUCCGUCAAAGACUCCGCAAAUAUCCCGCUCUAGUAAAUUGCUGUGCCAUUAACUGGUUUCACAUCUGGGCCAAUGAUUCUCUCUCCGCUAUCGGACAGAAAUUGAUUUCUUCCGCAGAUUUGAUCAAAGAGGAAAGAGAUAUCUGCGUUGAGGCUUGCAAGCAUUUCCAUUCAUCUACACUGGAUCUGGCCCAUGAAGCUCAAAUUUUGUACAAUCAAAUCAUUCACGUCACAUCGGUCUCAUUUGUUGAACUUGUGAUCUUAUUCAAAGACCUUGUUAAUAAGAAAAAAAGUGAUUUAAGAAAGUCAAUGAAAAAUUACGAAAUUGGGCUUGAAAAGUUGGAAAACGCAGCUAGUCAAAUAUCCAUAAUGCAAGAGGAACUAUUGAAACUAGAACCAGCUUUAGAUGUUGCAAACUUGGAAGUGAUUGAGGUAACGGCGACUGUUGAAAAGGAAACAAUGGAAUUUGAAAAGACUGCAACAUUUAUAAAAGAGGAUGAAGCACUGACAAACACACUGUCUGCCACGGUGGAGUCCAUUAAAAGUGAAUGUGAUGAUUGUAUGAAUGAAGUGACUCCCAUUAUGAAUACAGCAGUCGCAAUGUUAAAUGGACUUAACCCAGCAGAUUUAACAGUUCUUAAAACCAUAAAAAACCCGACCAAAGCUGUCAGAAUGAUCAUGGAAGCUGUUUGCAUACUGAAGGACAUCAAACCGGACAGAAUUCCUGAUCCAGGAGGCUCAGGAAAAAUGGUAGAAGAUUUUUGGGCACCUUUCAAACGCCUUUUGGGGGACGCUAAGUUUGUGGAAGGUUUAGUUAAUUAUGAUAAAAGCAGCAUUACUGCAAAAACAGGGAAAACUUUGAAAGAAAAAUUUCUGAGUCACGAGGAAUUUGAUGUUGAUAAAGUCAAGUCCGUUUCUAUCGCCGCCGAAGGUUUGUGUCGAUGGGUUGUUGCAGUAAUUAAGUACAAUGAUGUUUCUACCAUCGUUGCUCCCAAACAACAAGAGCUAGCAGAGGCAGAAGCAAAAUUAAACCAUGCCAUUGGUGUUUUGAAAGAGAAACAAAGUAAAGUAGAAGCUGCGGAAAAUGAAUUAAAGGAGUUGGUUAAGAAAUUAGAAACAAAGAAAUUGGCCUUACACAACCUACAAGCAAACUUAGAUUCGUGUAGAACCAAGCUUCAACGUGCUGAAGAUCUGAUAAGUGGCCUCGGUGGGGAGAAAAGUAAAUGGUCAUAUAUGGCUGAAAGUUUGGCGAAGAAAUGUCUUUCACUGACAGGUGAUGUAAUGCUCGCUGCUGGGGUAAUUGGAUAUUUGGGAGCUUUCUGUCCGAACUUAAGACGACAACAAUCUAUUGCAUGGGAGAACUAUUUGAAAAUCAACAGACUCUCAUGUUCUGAAAGUUUCCAUAUUUCCGAGGUCUUGGGAAAUGAUGUAGAAAUGCUGAACUGGAAGAUCCAUGGUUUACCAAAUGACGCAGUUUUCGUCGAAAAUGGAAUCAUAUUAAAGUAA